AUGGAAGAUCCAAUCAAGUCGUUACCACCCACAGAGCCAUUUGAGAAAUUGAGAAAGGAAAAACUUCAAUUUUAUCUCUUUGGAGAGCAUUUAAGUGGCUCCAAAGCACCUAUCUUGCAUAAUUCUAUUUAUAAAGCUUUAGGAUUGAGUUGGAACUAUAGUAUAUAUGAAACGAGAGACAAAAACGUAUUUAACGAAAUGCUAAACUCGUCAAGUUGCAUAGGCUGUGCUGUGACAAUGCCCAACAAGAUUGAAUUUGCAAAGGAAGUAGACAUUUUAGAUAAAGUGGGUCAGGGUGUCGGAUCUAUCAACACUGUAUAUACUAGGAAAGACAAGGAUGGAAAAAAUAUCAAGAUUGGAACUAAUACCGAUACAAUCGGAAUAUACCAAGCUUUUAUGCAAAAUGAAGAAGCUAAGAAGAUCGUUGAGAAUUAUAAAGGAAAACCUGGGUUAGUUUACGGAGGAGGUGGUGCCUGUCGUUCAGCUGUGUAUGCGUUGCACGAACUUAUUGGCUGCUCUCGUAUAUAUGUUAUCAACCGUGACCAUAAUGAAGUAGAUGAGUUGAAGAGAUCUGUUGAGCGAUCCGGAUUACGAGCAGAAAUCGUCCAUGUUGAAACUCCCGAAUUUGCAUCUAUGCUAGAAAGGCCUGAAUUGGCCGUUCUUACCGUUCCUGAUUUUCCUCCGGUAACGAAACAGGAGAAGCUUGCCAAAGCGACUUUGGACAUACUUAUGAGGUCCAAAAGGGGCGCUGUCUUAGAGAUGUGCUAUCAUCCUAGAAUUUAUACAAGACUUUACCGUGAGUUUGAAGAAAAUGGGUGGAAUGUGAUAGAUGGCUCCCAGGCCAUGAUAUACCAAGGUUUGGAGCAGAUUAUGCUUUGGAGUGGCCAUACAUUAGAAGAGCUUCCAGUGGAAUUGGCAAAAGAAGAAAUUAAAAGUAACAUCUAA